GCAGGAAAGUCUGAGGCCGCAGGUGGACAGUCAGGAGAUGGAGAAGAAGCAGGAGAGUCCAAAUCCUCAGGUGGACAGUCAGGAGACCAACGAGAAGCAGGACAGUCUGAAGCCGCAGGUGGACGGUCAGGGGACGGACAAAAAGCAGGACAGUCCUGAGCCGCCGGAGGUGGAUAGUCAGGAGACAGACAACAAGCAGGAAAGUCUGAGGACGCAGGUGGACAGUCAGGAGAUGGAGAAGAAGCAGGAGAAUCCAAAUCCUCAGGUGGACAGCCAGGAGAUGGACAAGAAGCAGGAAAGACUGAAGUCGCAGGUGGACAGUCAGGACAUGGACAAGAAGCUGGAACUUACGACUCCGCGGGUGGACAGUCAGGAGACCAACGAGUCAGGAAGUGGAGAAGCAGGACAGUCUGAAGCCACAGGUGGUCAGUCAAGAGACGACAAGAAGCAGGAAAGACUGAAGUCGCAGGUGGACAGUCAGGACACGGACAAGAAGAGGACAUCCAGAAGCCGCAGGUGGACAAUCGGGAGACGGACAAGAAGAGGAAAGUGAUUAGCAUUGCUGCCUUGCAAUCCUGAGUCCCUUUUCAUCCCUGGGAUGACACCUGUGUGGUUCUUACGUUCUCCCUGUGGUUUUGUGUGUUUCCGUCCUCUAGGUGCUCUGGUUUCUUUGCACAGCCCACAGACAUUCUGGUAGGUUACUGGUUUCUGAGAAAAAAUGGCCCUCCAAACUUCUCCCAGGCUGCACCCCUGGAAUUGCUAACUGCUGCACACUGUGCUGCCCAUCAUGAAAACCAUUCUCAUUUAAUUUUUUUCCUAAUGGUUAAGACACACAUUACCUGCAGAUCCUUUGAUUGAUGUGUUUUGUACUUCCAUAUCACUAAACUACAUCCUAUGUCAUCACUAACUAUGUCUAUAAAGCUGUUCAACACAUUUGUCUUCUCCCAAAUUGACUACUAUAUUGCUCUACUCGCUGGGGUUUCUAAAUCCACAUUGA